UCGGACACGUCAGAUAAACAAAAAAGAAAAAAAAAGAAAAUUACAAACUCCGCUCCUUCAACCUCCGUCCAAACUUUUCAUAGCUCAAAAAUCAUAACAGAAUUUCAAAAUUUCUGAAAACCAAAUUCAUUUCAAAUAAAAAGAAACUGACAAAUUAAAGCGCGGGAUGAUAUGACGUCGUUUAAAGAGAUUGGGAGGAUCGCUAAUGGACUCUCCCUAGUUGCUAAAGAAAUCGCAAAACGCUCCGGUAAAUCACUCGACACCGCCGCCGCAACCGGAGACUUCCAAACCCUAAUAACCUCCACCGCCAAAAAAGCUAUAACCUCCGUUACAGAUAUAUCGGGCCUUACUAAAGGAAAUGUCCGCGAGUUUUCUCCUCCCACUAGGCCCAAAGAGUCCGUCGUUUACUUUGACAGCCAAAUUACUGACCCGGAAGAGCCCGGCCCAGUUCAAUCGCAAUCCGUUAAUGUUAAAGAAAAUAACAGUAAUACAACCGGUGAUGAUGCUAAUCCUGCCGUUGCCGAAGAUAUUAAUGGCGAGAUUCAGGUUCCGAUCAAUGAAAUUGUUGGUGUAGAGAAACAAUUUGAGGUUGGUGGCAAUGCCGGUGACGGAGGAGAGAUCGCGGCAGCCGCACCACCGGUGAUUGAAUUAAAGAGAAGGAAAUCGAGAGUGAGGAGUGUUCCGUCGACACCGUUUUCUAGGGCAAUUGGGUUUGCUGGUCUAGGAGCUGGGCUAGCAUGGGGGACAGUUCAAGAAUCUGCAAAGAGGCUGGUGUAUGGUACACCAAGUUCACCAGACAAGCAAUCUGCUCUUUCCCCAUUUUUAUCUGAAAAAAAUGCUGAGCGUUUGGCCCUUGCGCUGUGUAGAAUGCGUGGAGCUGCUCUUAAAUUGGGGCAAAUGCUCAGUAUACAGGAUGAAUCUCUUGUUCCUGCUCCGAUCUUGGCUGCUUUAGAAAUUGUCCGUCAAGGGGCUGAUGUGAUGCCAAGGAAGCAACUCAAUCAAGUUUUGGAUGCUGAAUUGGGUUCUGACUGGACAACUAAGCUAACAAGUUUUGACUAUGAACCAAUUGCUGCUGCAAGUAUUGGCCAGGUGCACCGAGCAGUUACAAAGGAUGGUUUGAAUGUUGCAAUGAAAAUUCAAUACCCUGGUGUUGCUGAUAGCAUUGAUAGUGACAUUGAUAAUGUCAAACUUCUCUUGGAUUAUACAAAUCUAAUUCCGAAAGGACUUUUUAUUGAGAGAGCUAUGAAGGUGGCAAAAGAAGAAUUAUCUCGUGAAUGUGACUAUGUGUUGGAGGCAACAAAUCAGAAGCGGUUCCGUGAACUACUAUCUGACGUUAAGGGUUACUAUGUUCCAAUGGUUGUAGAUGAGCUUUCAUGCAAGAGAGUAUUAACUACAGAACUUAUUUCCGGAAUUCCAAUUGAUAAGGUGGCCUUACUGAAUCAAGAAACUCGUAAUUAUGUCGGGACAAGGCUGUUAGAUCUCACAUUGAUGGAGUUAUUUGUAUUCCGAUUUAUGCAGACUGAUCCUAAUUGGGGCAAUUUCCUGUAUGACGAGGCCACGAAAACUGUAAACCUUAUUGACUUCGGAGCAGCUCGCGAUUAUCCCAAAAGUUUUGUUGAUGAUUAUUUAAGAAUGGUUGUUGCAUGUGCAAAUGUUGAGAGGGAUGCAGUUAUUGAGAUGUCAAGAAGACUAGGAUUUCUUACAGGAAUGGAGUCGGAGAUAAUGCUGGACGCCCAUGUUCAAGCUGGUUUUAUCGUGGGAUUGCCAUUCUCUAAGCCCGGUGGAUAUGAUUUUCGAUCUACCAAUAUUACCCAAAGUGUUACAAACCUUGGGGCUACCAUGUUGAGACACAGGCUCACUCCACCACCAGAAGAAUCUUACAGCCUUCACAGAAAGCUUUCAGGUGCAUUUUUGGCUUGCAUCAAGCUUGGGGCAGUUGUACCAUGUCGGGAGCUGUUACUUGAUGUCUAUAAGAAUUAUCGAUUUGAUGACAAUGAUGCUAAUGAGGUCUUAUCAAGGAGCGAGUCAGUUUCUCAAUAGGUUUUCGACUCUUUAUUUUUUAAAAUUAUUCUUUAGUAUGCAAUAAUAUGGUUGGGUGAGAUUGUGAACCAACCUCUGUGAUGGGUGUAGAUUUUGACCGGCAGACUCAGAGAUGUAGUUCAAGUUUGAUCCAAAUGAGAAGAUAGAAGUGAGUUAAAAUCACCCAUCUGAUUGUAUAAACCUCAUUGAUUCUUUGCACACAGUACAAGAUAAUUGUGUUUUAUAUCCUUAAAAA